AUGCUCCCACGCGCGGCGGCGGCGCAGGGCGCCCCGGCCGCGACUACCUUCGCCGACGAUGUGCUGCGCGUCUUCGGGGCCAACCACAGCCUGUCGGCUGGGCAGCUCUCCGCGCUGAUGCACCGGCUGGGCGCCGCGCCGGCCCUGGGCGCGGUGCUGCCGCUGCCCCACCUGCACCACAACCAGUGCUUGACUGGUGAGGAAAUUUUUUCUUUGCAUGGGAUACCGAACAACAGCCACGUAUCAAAUUCAAGCUUCUCUACAAUAUGUCCUGCUGUUUUGCAACAGCUAAUUUUUCACCCGUGUGAUCAUCAGGAAAACUUUGUGGAUACGGCUAAACCACAUUCUUUACAAGUUUGGGGAUUUGGGUUCCUGGCUGUGACUAUCAUUAACUUGGCAUCACUUCUGGGAUUGAUUUUAACUCCCCUCUUAAAGAAGUCAUACUUCCCUAAGGUGUUAACCUACUUUGUGGGCUUGGCCAUUGGUACUCUCUUUUCUAAUGCCAUUUUCCAGCUCAUUCCAGAGGCAUUUGGGUUUGACCCCAAAGUAGAUAACUAUAUUGAGAAAGCCGUUGCUGUGUUUGGUGGAUUCUAUAUUCUCUUCUUUGUGGAAAGGAUUCUUAAAGUGAUAUUGAACAUCUAUAAGCAGACUAGCCAUAAUGACUCUGAAAAUGGUGAACAGAAUCGUUCUCAGGAUAAGACUAACCCACCGAAACCAUUAUCAGCCAGCAAUGGGGGGACAUGUUAUGCAAAUUCAGCUGUCAUAGAGAACAAUGGAAGCCUUGGUUUUGACAGCAUCAGUGUGGUCUCAACACAGGAAGAAGCCACCCAAGGCAGCUUAUGCAAGUGUCUUAACGGGCGUCCACUGUCAAAGAUUGGGACCAUUGCUUGGAUGGUAACACUGAGUGAUGCCGUACAUAAUUUCAUAGAUGGUUUGGCUAUUGGUGCUUCUUUCACUUUGUCUCUGUUUCAAGGGCUUAGUACCUCCAUAGCCAUCUUGUGCGAAGAGUUUCCUCAUGAACUGGGGGAUUUUGUCAUCUUGCUUAAUGCAGGAAUGAGUACUCGGCAGGCUCUGUUUUUCAACUUUCUGUCUGCAUGUUCCUGUUACAUUGGGAUGGCUUUUGGUAUAUUAGUAGGCAACAACUUUGCUCCUAACAUCAUCUUUGCCGUAGCUGGUGGAAUGUUCCUGUACAUCUCUCUGGCAGAUAUGUUCCCAGAGAUGAAUGAUAUGCUGCGAGAGAAAGUGACAGGAAGAAAGAUGGAUCUCGCAUUCUUCCUUAUUCAGAAUGCUGGUUUACUAACAGGGUUUACUGCUAUACUGAUCAUUACCUUGUAUGCAGGAAAUAUUCAACUGUGAUAAUGCAAGUGAAAAUGGGAUCAGUA